AGGAACUAUCACGAAAUGAGCUUGGAUGCGAAUUUUUUACGGUUAGUAGAAGUUCGGCAAAAUGAUGAUCAUACGAGUUCGUUGUGGACAAGAGGAAAACUUGAGCCUGGUUUACUGAUUGGUGUCCUUGACAAGGGAGGAGAAAAUGAUGCCAAUGCGUUGUUGUUACUCAAUUUGAUCCGUCCAUUGUCAAAUUCUGAAAAUAAUUUCAACAUACUGGUGCGAUCAGUUCACCAAAAAAUAUGCUUGCAAACGUCUCGUGAAAUUGAAGUAAACGAACGUUUGAUAGCAGAUCGACGGAUCGAGAUUGAGCAACAUUUGCAUGAUAGUGGCAAUGGUAAUGAUGGUGAUGAUGACGAUGACAAUAUGGUGGCCGAGGAUUGCUUACAUAUACAAAGGCGUAGCUCACAGAAUCCUAUCUCUUCGUCCAUCUCCUUGCCACCAUCACCAUCAUCAUCAGCAUCAUCAUCAUUAUCGUCAUCGCCAGAAUCGUCGUCCAGUGCAUCCAGAACAACAGAAACAGCUAUAGCACAUCCUGUUACAACUAAUACUUCUAGUAGUACAGCUAAUAUCACCACUAACAGCACUGUUCUACAACAACUACGACAACAGCAACAAUAUCCAGAAAGGUAA